AUGUCCGCCAUGCCCACUCUUCGGCAAUCGGUGUGCCGCCGGCUACCCACCCGACCUCGAGCCACGCAGCCGCGCCUCACAACAUGCACACCGACGACGACGGUGCGAUUUGCCUCGAGCUCCUCUGGCGGCUCUGUCGGCCUUGGGCGCACCAAGGUCGCCCUGUACGCCACCGCCCUCGCCGCGACAGGCUACGUCGGCUACCUCUACGUGACGGACACGCGCGCCUCGCUCCUCCACCAUCACGUCAUCCCACCGUUGCUGCGCACCCUUUUCCCCGACGCCGAGGACGCGCAUCAUAUAGGCUCCAAGAUACUGCAGUUUCUCUACGAGGCGAAUCUACAUCCGCGCGAACGUCAGCCCCGCCACGCCGCGCCCUCCAAGCUCACGACCGAGGUAUUCGGCACCACGAUUGACAACCCGGUCGGCAUCUCGGCGGGCUUGGAUAAGGACGGCGAGUUAACAGAUGUCUUGUUUGCUCUCGGUGCCGGCGUCGUCGAGAUUGGCGGCAUUACACCAAUGGCGCAGGCUGGCAACGAGCGCCCGCGGUGCUUCCGCGUUGCCGGCCUCGACGGUCUCGUGAACCGCUACGGCCUCAACUCGCAGGGUGCCGACGCCGUAGCUCAGCGUCUGCGUAAACGGGUCCGGCGCUUCGCCCGUCAAGUUGGCGCGACUGAGGAGCAGGUGCUCAACGGCGAGGCCGGCGUGCUGCCGGGCAGCCUGGCCACGGGCCGGCUGCUCGCGGUGCAGAUCGCCAAGAACAAGGAGACAGACGAAAAGGAUCAGGCGGCAGUGGCGGCCGACUACGUCUACUGCGUGAACCGUCUAGCGCGCUACGCGGACAUUGUCGUGGUCAACGUCAGCAGCCCCAACACGCCCGGGCUGCGCGACCUACAGGCGACGGAGCCGCUGACGCGGCUGCUGACGGCCGUGGUCGAGGCAGCGCACAAGACGGAGCGCAAGACGCGGCCCAAGGUCAUGGUCAAGGUGUCGCCUGACGAGGAUGAUGACGCGCAGAUGGCGGGCGUGGUCGAGGCGGUGCAUCGGAGCGGCGUCGACGGCGUCAUUGUCGGCAACACGACCAAGCGCCGCGCGGGCAUCGUGCCCGAGGGCGUGCGGCUGUCGGCCAAGGAUCAACGCGCGCUGGGCGAGACGGGCGGCUACUCAGGGCCGGCCAUGUUCUCGCGCACGCUGGACCUGGUCGGCCGCUACCGCACCAUGAUGGAUGCGUACGCGCGCGAGGGCCACGCGACGACGACGACGACGGACAAGGGCGACGCGCGCAAGACGCUUUUCGCUACGGGAGGUGUGACAAACGGCGAGCAGGCGCUGCGGGUGCUCAACGCGGGCGCGAGCGUGGCCAUGGUGUAUACUAACAUGGUGUACGGCGGCGCGGGGACGAUUACGAGGAUCAAGGGCGAGAUGGAGAAGCAGGUAGAGGAUAUAAAAAGCAAGGCAUAA